AUAUAAACAUUAGGAAUACAGUUUAUUAGUAUAUGUAGUUUACGACAUGAAUUACGUGUUUCUCUCCGUUGUAUGUUUAUACUAAAUGUAUCUCAAACAGAUUAGCACUUAAAUAAUUUCUAAUGGAAUUUAAAAUAUUAACUAUAAUUUCUUAAGAAAAUGUUUUUUAAAUUGACUUGGUUAACUGUGAGUAUGAAUACUUUACCUACUGUAGCUACUUUAACUUUGCUUUUCAAUAAAUAUGUAAUGACUAGUUGGUUUAUUUUACAUCUCUAAUAACGAGUUCUAAUGGGGCGUCAAAUUCUUCUACUCUUGUCUCAAAAACUACAGUCAAUUACUUCCUAUGGAGAGGUCUCUUCAACAGUUACUCAAAAUCCCCCGACUACUGAGUCAUAUGAAAGUAGUUCAAAUACAGUAGUUACACCGGAACUAGGUGAUACUACGAGUUGGAAUGAGAAGACGACGGAGUCGGUGACUACGGCAGAGUCGAAAGUAGCGACAAAGUUAACCUCGACAGGAGUGAUAAAGUCGACUACAAAGUUAAACUUGACUACACAGCCUCCGUCGACGUCCCAAAUUAGUAGUAGAAGUACUGCUCAACUAAAUCUGACAACGGCGAAGGUGCCGACUGCUCAGUUGAACUCUACUGCAAAUUGGACAAUAACGACGCAAUCGACUGCAAAGUCAAAUCUGACAACGGCGAAGAGGCCGACUACUCAAUUGAACUCUACUACAACGUCGGAAUCGAUUUCAAAAUUAAACUCGACUACACAGUCUCCGUCGACGUCCCAAAUUAGUAAUUUAAGUACUGCUCAACCAGGAAUAAUAUCUACAAGAAAUGUAGAUACCACUACGCUUGGAAAAACUACAGCAUCAGGCCAGGAUAAAUCUGACAAGGGAACAGAAGCAGGACCAAAUAUACAACAUAUUCUAAUUGGAACUAUUACAACAAUAUGUAUUUUGACAACACCGACAGAAAAGAUAAGAACAAGUCGUCCUAUAUUGGCAAGAGAUUUUGUUAAUCAUGUUUAUGAAUUCUCGAGGGAUAGUAACCUAAAAUUUUUUGAAGACUACGGUAAUUUUAAACUUGCAAAAGAGAACGCAAAAAGUUUCAUUAAGGCUGCAGAGUUACCUGUUAAUCGGCCAAAAAAUCGUUUCACAAACGUUCUAGCUUAUGACGACACUCGCGUAAGGCUUUCAUCCGUUGAUGGAGAGGAAGGAUCCGAUUAUAUAAACGCAAAUUAUGUACCGGGCUAUUCUAUGAGGAGGGAAUACAUAGCAACUCAGGGGCCUCUACCCGGAACGACUGACGACUUCUGGCGAAUGAUUUGGGAGCAGAAAUGUCGGGUUAUAGUUAUGAUGACAAAAUUUAAAGAAAAAAAUGUGGAAAAAUGUUACAAUUAUAUGCCUCAAGAUGAUGAACCUGUAGCACGUGGUGAUUUAGAAAUUGUUGUGUUGCCAAACGGAAUUUCUCAAGAAGACAAUUAUAUAGUUACUCGUCUUCGUUUGUCUUUGGGAUGCCAGGAGAGAAUAAUCACUCACUUCAACUAUCUCGAUUGGCUAGAUAAAACCGCCCCUUCAAAUUAUGAUAAAGUAAUCAAAUUUGUUACAAUUGUGAGAGAAGAAGCAAGUAGGUUUUUUGUUGGUAGAGACCAAUCCGGACCCGUUUGCGUUCAUUGUUCAGCAGGUGUGGGAAGAACGGGAUCUUUCAUAGUCCUUGAUCGGUGUUUACAGCAACUUAGGGAUAAUCCAAAGUUGAAUAUAACAAUUGAUAUUUAUGGCAUGGUGUGGGAAAUGCGCCAAUACAGAUGUCUUCUUGUUCAAACUGAUGACCAGUACGCACUCGUUCAUAAUUGUGUUGCCUAUGCUAUUGAAACAGGAUAUCAUAAGCAUUUAUCAACUGGAGAUCAGAAUAAUUCUGUAUUUAUAAAUGGAAGUUUUACAAUGAAUGGAGAUUUUUAA